AUGCCUGAAUCCUCCGACCACAUGCUCCCGCCGCCGGCGCACGCGUCAAUAAAUUCAGCACACACGCGAGGCGGCAACAGAGCCUUUCACAACUACUACAACGAUUACUCCCACAUUGCCGACGCCAACUUGCGCCGACGACUUGCCCUGUCAGACGUUGACAAGGUGCCAUUCGGAACGUGCCAUGUCCGAGCCGUUCUCGUUGCUGGUGCAGGCUUCCUCUUGGACUCGUACAGCAUAUUUGCCAUUAACUUCGUCGCCCCCUUGAUCGGCUUGGCAUACUACAGCCAAGACGAUGGCGAUGGCAGUGGUGAUUUGCCUGAGAGCAUCAGCCAAGCUUUAAAAGCUUCCACCAGCGCUGGCAUCGUAGUGGGAAUGAUAUUGUUCGGCUUGCUGGCCGACAAAUACGGACGUCGUCGCAUGUACGGCAUCGAACUCGGCGUCGUUAUCUUCACAAUCUUCAGCUGCGCAAUUGCCUCUGGGAGUCCCUCUAUGAGCGGGCCCGGCGUAUUAAUAUUUUGGCGCGUAUUGCUGGGCAUCGGAGUGGGAGGCGAUUACCCUCUCGCCAGUGUCAUCACUUCCGAAUUUGCGCCAACUCGGUGGCGCGGCGGCCUGGUGGCUGCUGUCUUCUCCAUGCAAGGUCUUGGCCAGCUCAUGGCAGCUGUAGUUGGCCUCAUCACGACUGUCGCAUUCCAAGGCUCGUACGACGGCAUCGGCCCCAACGGCCCGUGCGAUGCCGCUUGUCGCAUAGCCGCCGACCGCUCCUGGCGCAUAAUCGUUGGCGUCGGCGCCAUCCCGGCCUGUCUCGCCAUGUACUAUAGAAUCACCAUUCCCGAAACUCCUCGAUAUACUUUUGAUGUACAACACGACGUCGACAGAGCCGACGCAGAUAUCAAGGCCUACGUGUCCAGAAGUCGGCCGAAAGACACUGUCUCUACCACAAAUACCCACUUUCAUUCAUCGACCCUCUCUGUCCCAAAAGCAUCUUGGGCAGACGCCAAGGAAUUCUUUCUCAAACCACACAACUUUCGAGCUAUGGUUGGAACCACAAUGUCCUGGUUCUUUCUUGACCUUGCCUUCUACGGACUGGGGCUGAACAACAAUGUCGUCUUACAUGCCAUUGGUUACGCCAGCGGCAAGACGCUGUAUCACAAGCUGCGCAACCAAGCCCUGGGGCUUAUUAUUCUGACGAGCGCUGGCUCAUUGCCAGGUUACUGGACCGCCAUUUUGACGGUUGAUACUGUCGGGCGGAAGCCUCUCCAAGUGUUUGGCUUUCUUCUCCUCACUGCUGUCUUUUGCGUCCUUGGCUUCGCGCUGCACAGUCUGACAGAGGGGUCCACGCUCGCACUCUACAUUGUCGGACAGUUUCUUUUCAAUGCGGGGCCAAAUACGACGACGUUUAUUUUACCCGCCGAGUGCUUCCCUACACGGUAUCGCGCUACCGCGCAUGGCAUCUCCGCAGCCAUGGGCAAAAUCGGUGCCAUCGUGGCCCAGGUCAUUAGUAUACCACUUCUCAAGCAAGGAAGCUCUGCUGUGGCCGCGUGCAAGGGAGGCAAGUGCCCAACAUCCCUUGACCGACUUAUGCAACUCUUUGCGCUUUUCAUGUUACUGGGCACCGUCGUUUCGCUACUCAUACCUGAAACGAAAGGCAUCACGCUAGAGGAGCUCUCCGGAGAGCCUCACACGAGCUAUAAUGAUGGCUGCAACGGCAGCGUCAAAGCCUACCGCCCACCGCGCGCACCGCGCGCGUGGUGGCAUCCGAUAGAGCUGCUUGGCUUCUGCGGCGCAGGCGAGCCCGCCGGGUUCAGUCGGCGCUCCAUGUGCUGGGGCGGAAGUCGCCACGGUAGCCGUCACCAGUCGCCUCGUCUCGGUAUCAUGUCGUCGCCUCAAAUGGUCGCCGCAUCGUCAGAGCCGGCAGAGACCACACGAUCCUCGCACUGGCGCAUUCUCGGUCACCGUGAGAAGCGCAAAGCGCGCAGCACAGCUGAUAGUGAACUCGCCAUAAUGAGCCGCGAUGGCGGCCCCGGUCCGUCGCGAGACGACGCGUCGGACGAGACGGCAUACACCCGAGGCAACAGUAAUACUCGUAGUCAUGCUGGCGGGAUGGCCACAUCGGCGGUUGGCAAUGUCGACCCUCCAACUUGGGGUGCAGGCUGGGGCCGUAUCGAUCGAGGACGAGCCGCGCCUUCGUCCGAGUUACGAGACGUAGGGAUGUUGCUACGGGAUUAA